CACAUUCUUCACAAAUCACACAACACAAGGUAGAAGAAUACUUUAUUCAAAAACAUAGAGAUGGAGAACUUCCCUUUGAUCAACAUGGAGAGGCUGAAUGGUGAUGAGAGAAGAGCCACCAUGAACAAGAUUAAGGAUGCUUGUGAAAACUGGGGAUUCUUUGAGUUGGUGAACCAUGGAAUUUCACAUGAGCUGCUGGAUACUGUGGAAAGAAUGACAAAAGAACAUUACAAGAAGUGUAUGGAGCAAAGAUUCAAAGAAAUGGUGACAGCCAAAGCAUUGGAUGAUGUUAAGACAGAAGUUAACAACGUCGACUGGGAGAGCACUUUCUUCUUGCGCCAUCUCCCUAGUUCAAACAUCUCUGAAAUCCCUGAUCUUGAUGAUGAAUACAGGGAAGUAAUGAGGGAUUUUGCUAGUAAACUAGAGAAAUUAGCAGAGGAACUUUUGGAUUUGCUAUGUGAGAAUCUUGGAUUGGAGAAAGGUUACUUGAAGAAAGCAUUAUAUGGGUCAAAGGGUCCAAAUUUCGGGACCAAGGUUAGCAACUACCCACCAUGCCCCAUUCCGGAUUUGAUCAAGGGGCUAAGAGCCCAUACCGAUGCUGGCGGCAUCAUUUUGCUCUUUCAAGAUGACAAAGUCAGUGGACUUCAGCUUCUUAAGGAUGGUGGAUGGAUUGAUGUGCCACCUAUGCGCCAUUCCAUUGUCAUCAACCUUGGUGACCAGAUUGAGGUGAUCACGAACGGAAGGUACAAAAGUGUGAUGCAUAGAGUAAUUGCUCAAACAAAUGGAACGAGAAUGUCGAUUGCAUCCUUUUACAACCCAGGGAAUGAUGCCGUUAUCUAUCCAGCUGAGAAAUUAGUGAAAGAAGAAUCGAAGGAUGAACAAAUUUACCCAAAAUUUGUAUUUGAUGAUUAUAUGAAAUUAUAUGCUGGCUUGAAGUUCCAGGGGAAAGAACCAAGGUUUGAAGCCAUGAAAGAAGCAAAAGCUUAAAUGUCAAGUGUUGAAUCACACAGAAUAACCAUAUGUUUUCCUUUUCUCAUCUCAAAUAAGCGGUGUGUGGAAGUGUGUUACAUUAUUUUACUUAUUUCAAUUUCAAUAAUACUCUCAUACUUGGAUAUAUAGAUAUGUUUAUUGCUAAUUUUAGUUAUACACAUGUGUGUAUGUUGUUUUUUAUAUUAUGAAAUACCAUGUAUU